AUGUCCGCCUACACAAAAGCUUUACCAAUCUUAAUGAAGUCGCCUGUCACUGAUGACAUGAUAAGGUUUCUCACGAAUGCCACUUUGAAAGUCCUACCUGCAGCUAAUUAUCCAUCUCCACCAACAUCACCAUCUGAAUCAUCUCAACCACGUCUACCUUCUCUAAUGACAUUCAUAACGAGACUUGUCAGAUACACAAAUGUUUAUACACCAACUCUAUUGACUACAGUCUGCUACUUAAACAAAUUGAAGAGAAUAUUACCAAAGGAUGCUACUGGUUUACCAUCCACCAUUCAUCGUAUCUUCCUAGCAUGUUUGAUCCUAAGUGCUAAAUUCCAUAACGAUUCUUCUCCAUUGAAUAAACAUUGGGUUAAAUACACUGACGGUCUUUUCACUUUGGAAGAUGUCAAUCUAAUGGAAAGACAAUUACUUCAAUUAUUAGAUUGGGAUUUAAGAGUCUCUGAAGAUGAUUUGAUCCUUGAUCUAAGAAUCCUACUAGAACCAAUAAGGAGUGAUUUGGAAAGAUCUUGGAGAAGAAGAGUGGCUGCAACUAACAAUAGAAAGAAAUCCUCUGAUGAAGGUUACGUCAGUCCUAUUUCAAGUAGACCAACAACCCCAGUCGCUUCAAUCGGUAAUUAUUAUAAUAGUCAUAACCAGAAAUUAUAUGAUUUACAAAGGAAUAUGUCGGUGUCUUCUAAUAUAAGUUCAAGUAGUACGUUGAUCGGAAGUAAUAAUGAUCUUAAAAGAUACGCCAAUUAUAAUAAUUCCAGAGAACAGCUUUCAUCAAGAAGUAUAAGCAGUAAUUCAUUGGAGAAAUUGAGUGAAAGAAACUUACAAAGAAAUAGUUGGGACUUGGAGCAGGUGAUGAACCAAUAUGGGUUCUAA